GUGUUGUGUCUAUGAAUUUGAUCAAACUAAAGUCAAGUCAACCAACAUGUACGGAUUGCUCCAACAAAAAUGUAUUGUGUUUCUUUUGUUUCUUACGAAUAUAUAUAACCCAGUUCCACCCCACUCUUGCUCUUGAGUUGGGGUGUUAUGGCUAAAACCUCUUAGUUUGAUUACUCUGUUUCUGCUUCGAAUUAAUCUGAUUCUUCACCUCUAAUCUGUAACACCCUUUAACCCAUUUUCCUCUUCCAAUCAUUUUCUUACCUCAAAAAACUCAAUGAGUUGCCGCGCAAUAGUAUUGCCUACAAAUGCGCCUGUUGGAUUCAGAUUCAGUCCCACAGAAGAGGAGGUCAUCAAUCACUAUUUGAAGUUAAAGUAUCAGGGAAAGAAUGAUGUGGUCGACCCGGUCAUGGCCACAGUCGAUUUCUGCGCCUUUGAACCUUGGGAGUUACCUCGUAAAUCGAUGAUCGAGUCCAAUGAUCAGGUGUGGUGGUUCUUCUGUCCACGAGAUUAUAAGUACAACAACAGUAGACGUUCAAACAGGACGACCAAAUCAGGUUACUGGAAGAUCACUGGAAAGGGACAGAAAAUUAAAUCGAUUAAUGGUGUCAUCAUAGGAGGGAAGAGGAUUUUGGUGUUUCAUAGAAGUCCUUGCCCUGGCCAAGGGACUGAAUGGGUCAUGCAUGAGUAUCAUCUUGAACCUGAGAAUCCCAAACCUAACCAGAAGUCCUAUGUUGUUUGCCGCUUGGAGCGAAAAACUGACGAGAAAGCGCUGAAGACAACUAGUCCUGACUAUGAAACAGGUCAACCAAGUGGUGGAAACACGCCUGAUAAUGAUCAUCUGUUAUCUGGGAAAUUCCAGUUCCCUGGUGUCAACCAACUGAAUCUCGAAUCGUUGUUACUACCACAAAACUCACGAAAUGACAAUUUUGGAUUUCUCACUGGAAACCAAGACUCAUUUGGAGAUGUUGAAGCGGCCCAUGAUUUUGCGAAUUCACUCAUUGUUGAUCCUGAAGAAAAUGACAUUGGAGCAACUGCAAAGAGGGUGUAUUUUCAGGAUGGUCCAGAUAGCAGUGACACAGACAAUGAACGGAUAAUGCAAGCUUUGCAAAGUUCAGGCUCGAUUGGCUUACGGGAAGAUUCAAAGAGGGUCCGGCAUAUGCAAAUGGCCAGUACACCAAGUGAAACUCACCAUACUUAUAUGGUUGGUAAUGCUGGACAAGAAACUAUAGUUGGUGGUCAUUUCUCCGAAGAGGAUACUUCAUCUGACGACUUCACACCAGCAAGAGAGAUCAAUCGUCGAACAUUUGGGAGUAUCGAUAUUAGCUUUGAUGAAGAUGAGAUUUCUGCAAGAAGAGGGGUUCGCCUUCAGCCACCAUUGAAAGUUUCAAAUGUGGCAGACCCUGGAAACAAGGCCAGAGAUGCUGCAAAACACAGUGUUACUUCUGUUCACAGGCCCGGGAAGGAGUCUAAUGAGGCGCCCGAAAAUGUUAGAAAGAAGGCUCACAUCAGCAGCAGCAGCAGCGGAGAGUAUGUAUUGCAAGCAGGCGGCGUGCCAACAGUUAGCAGUAAAUGGAAGAGUUUCUUUACUUUCGAGGAAACGCCGACUGUCUUGAGCUGUGAUACAACUCCACCGUCUGUGUACCUACUCAACAUGGUUGUGGGGGUGGUUUUGUUCCUUGUUUUUGUUAGGGAACUGGUGUUAUUUGGAAGCUGUUGAUAAAAUUCAGUACAAAUUAAAACUGUAGUUCUUCUUUUUGCUUGCUGUUGUCUAAGUUUUCCUCUUUACUUGGGGUAUAAGGAAUAAUGGAGGUUGUUCUUGAUAUAGAACUAUGAAAUUUCAACAGAAUCGACCAUAAUCAAUAGUUUUUAACUGGGGUUUUGUAUAUACUAUUUGGUUCAUGAACUUUAAUGUUUACUCUGUA